AUGCUCAGGUGCCCUUGCCGACCGUACGAGCCGGAAAAACACUACGUAUAUUUCAGCGGUAAUCCAUCUCAGUUCUCUAAGCCGAUCCUCGAGAAAACUACGGCCUGUAAAUUGAAAAUCGAACAUGUUUCUCGGAAAGCAGUCGAAAUCAACGAAUCCAGCUUCUUAAACCAGAUUAGGAUUGACCGAAUUCAGAAGGGUCAAAGUGAUCCGGGAAGGGCGCCUUUGUAUGAUACGAUCAGUGAAGACGUCACUAGGUUUUAUAUGUCCGAAUGUGUUCUGGCUUUGGAAGCUGUCCAUAAACUCGGCUUCAUUCACAGAGAUAUCAAACCUGGCAAAAUUUUGAUCGACAAAGAUGGACAUGUGAAACUUUCAGACUUUGGCCUUUCGACGGGUUUCCAUAAACAGCAUGAUUCAGCUCGCGAUUUCCUCGAUCAAUCUGACGGUGUCCUCGAAAAGGAUCAAAUCGCGACCUGCAAGGCAAAUCGAAGAAAACUGGCUUUCUCGACCGUCGGUACUCCCGAUUAUAUUGCCCCUGAGAUCUUCCUCCAACAGGGUUAUAAUAAGGAAUGCGAUUGGUGGAGUCUCGGAGCUAUCAUGUUCGAAUGCUUGGUCGGAUAUCCUCCCUUCUGUUCUCCCUCUGCUCACGAAACUUAUAGGAAAAUCAUCGAUUGGAGACAUGAACUCUAUUUCCCUGAUGAUGUUCACCUCUCUAGAGAGAGUGAAGACCUCAUUCGAAGAUUGAUUACAUCGGCUGAUCAUCGUUUAGGGAAAAAAGGAGCUGAAGAAAUCAAGGAUCAUGUAUUCUUUUCAGGAGUAGAUUGGACGACGAUCCGAAACAUAGAAGCGCCUUGCGUACCUCAUUUGAAAUCGGUGACCGACACAAGUUACUUCCCAACCGAAGAUUCGGAUGAUCUACCGACUGAACCUGUUGGAGCUGAUACAGAUACUAGUAGCAGGGAUCUGGCCUUCUUAGGCUACACCUUCCGACGCUAUGAGAAUUCUGGGGCAGUUUCUCAAGCAAUGGUCAGAGUUUUGCAAAUUAACCUUCACCUCGAAUCUUGCUCUUUGCCAGCUUCGAUAUCAAUCCAUACCACCCAUCAGACACAGAUAAGUGCUCUCAAUGCAUCACCAAACAUUUACCCGGCUGGAGAUGCCCAACAUUAG